UUUGCACCGUAAACACGCUUUACUCGUACGAUCUGAUUUUGGAGAAACCCGACUAAUCUUGAAAAUCUGACAAUUGCUCAACAUUUUUAAACAGUUCCAAGGUUCGUCAUGCUCCACAAACCUCAAACAGUUGGCGCAACAAAAUAAAGUUUUUAAUGGACCAAUAUCCUUGAAUUCUUUUCUUGUAAAAGUGUAGUGGAUACAUGGAAAUGGAAGACAGUAAAUCAUGGAAAUCAUAGUCAUAAAAAGACUUUCCUCAGUUUAAAUCAUUAUGUCCAUCAAAUAUGAGACCUGCUGAUACUACCCUUGUCUGCUUCACUUACCUUCUUUAUUUCCAUAAAUGCUUCGCUCUCUCAAACCUCUUCCUUGCACUUAACUCAUUCUUAUCACUCUCUUUAGUUUUUCAAUGGCUUCAUCGAAGUAUACACUGCAAAGUUUUGUAGAUAUGUGUUUGCACUUAACAAAUACACCCGCCACGCCGUCAUUUUUCUACACCUUCAUAGUAUUGAUGGUAGUUUGUUUUGUGAUGUAUUUAUAUGCACCUUAUUGGGAAGUAAGACAUGUACCUGGUCCUCCAACAAUUCCACUACUUGGGCACCUUCAUUUACUCUCCAAGUACGGUCCUGAUGUCUUCACUGUCCUUGCCAAACAAUAUGGUCCAAUUUUUAGGUUCCAUAUGGGUAGGCAGCCGUUGAUAAUUAUUGCGGAUGCGGAGUUGUGCAGAGAAGUUGGAAUCAAGAAGUUCAGAGAUAUAACAAAUAGGAGCAUUCCUUCGCCAAUUUCUGGAUCCUCCCUCCACAAGAAGGGUCUUUUCUUUACCAGAGAUACAAAGUGGUCUUUGAUGAGAAAUACCAUAAUUUCAAUGUACCAGCCUUCACAUCUCUCUAGUCUUAUACGCAAAAUGCAGUGUGUCGUAGAAUCAGCAGCUCAAAAUCUUCCUACUUCUGAGCAUGAAGACAUUACGUUCUCCGAUCUCUCUUUGAAAUUAGCUACCGAUGUAAUAGGUCAAGCUGCAUUUGGGUUUGAUUUUGGCCUCACGAAAGAACCAUCACUCAAUGGUUCUAACAAUGUGCAAAACGAUGUUGAAGUUAAGGAUUUCAUCAAGCAACAUAUGUAUUCCACUACUACAUUGAAAAUGGAUCUUUCAGGAUCAUUCUCGAUCAUACUUGGAUUGAUAUGUCCUAUUCUUAGACACCCAUUUCAACAAAUACUUAAAAGGGUUCCAGGAACAACUGACUGUAAAGUGGACCAAACUAAUCGGAAGUUGAUGAAAAGACUAGAUCAAAUUGUAGAGAAAAGAGCCAAAGAUAAAGAUCGGGGUUCAAAAGAUUUCCUUUCACUUAUAUUGAAUGCAAGGGAAGCAGAAAAGGGAUUGAAAAAUGUGUUUACUUCUGAUUAUAUAAGCGCCCUUGCUUAUGAACACUUACUUGCUGGAUCUGCAACAACGUCAUUCACGUUAUCUUCAAUACUUUAUCUUGUUGCUGCUCAUCCUGAAGUCGAGACGAACUUAACAAGAGAAAUCGAUAGUUUUGGUGGACAUGAUUUGAUGCCAACAACUCAUGACCUUCAACAUAAGUUUCCUUAUCUUGAUCAGGUGGUGAAGGAGGCGAUGAGGUUUUACACUGUAUCUCCACUAGUUGCAAGAGAAGCAUCAAAACAAGUAGAGAUAGGAGGCUAUGUCCUUCCAAAGGGUACAUGGAUAUGGCUGGCAAUUGGGGUCCUUGCCAAACACCCCAAGUAUUUUGCAGAACCAAACAAGUUUCAACCAGAGAGGUUUAAUCCUACUUGUGAAGAAGAGAUACAAAGACACCCAUAUGCCCACAUCCCAUUUGGAAUUGGACCUCGACAAUGUAUUGGAAUAAAAUUUUCAAUACAAGAGAUUAAGUUGGCGUUGAUUCAUCUUUAUCGUAGAUACUCAUUCCAGCAUUCCCCAAAUAUGGAAAAUCCUUUGGAGUUUGAGUACGGAAUCGUACUCAACUUCAAGUAUGGUGUCAAACUUAGAGUCAUUAGAAGAUAAACCUGAUUAAUGAUACAGCAAACGCACAACAUGUAAGUCGAACGUUCUUACUGUAUUUUAAUUAUCAGUGUAACAAAAUAUUCUAUGAAUCAAAUUCUGACAUCCAAAUAUUUAUUUAAGUCAGUAUAUCAGAUCCC